AUGGCUACAGCCGACGCAGCAUCCGACCUCCCCGUGGGUAUCGAACAAAUCGAGGAGCACAUCCACAAGCUCUGCGCCGAGGUGCUCUCUCGACCGGUCGCCAGGAUCAAGCUUGCGCGGUCCUUUGUUGCUCAAGGCGGCGACUCGCUGCUUGCCAUCAAGCUGAUGGCACGGUGCCAGGACUCCGGAUACAUUAUCAACAUCCAAGACCUGCUUCAGGCCACUAGCAUCCGGGAGUUUUGUCAGCAUGUGAAACCAGAGGUGGCGGCGCUGCCCGUGCCAAAUAUCGCGAAUGGUAGCGAGUCGGCCCUGUCAAACGGCCAGGCUGGGCGGCCGAAAACGAAGCUGUUGGAUGAGCGCAAUGGAGCCCGCGCUGACGGUGCCGGCCUACCAGAUCCUGCAGAUAUGGUGGGCGUGGUUGGUAAAGGGCAAAAGACGGAGGGACGCAAAGCUGGGACGGAGGAGGAGUCCAAAGGGUGUGGGGAUGCUGAAAGCGACGUGCCACCAUUUGCCCUCUGGAAGGAGGCUCAGCUUGGUCAAGGAGGUGGCAGCUCUUCCUCAUCGACGCUACAGGACCAACUGCGUCUGGUCGCGGAUCAGUGCGGAAUCUCCGUUGACGUGAUCGAAGACGUCUACCCUUGCACCCCGCUCCAAGAAGGGUUAAUGGCCGUCACGGCCCAACAGCCUGGGGCGUACGUGAACCGCUGGGUGUACCGCAUGCCCCGGGACCUCGACGCCGAGCGGUUUAAGCAAUCUUGGGUGCUAGUCGCACGCGCGGCGCCUCUGCUAAGAACGCGGCUUGUGCUGGGAGAGCUCGGCAGGGCGCUGCAAGUGGUUGUGCGCCAGGACAUACAUAUCCCGGCCUCGCCGCCAUUCACUAGAUUUAUCCGAUAUCUCGGGGACUGUGACAGAGCGUUGGCCGAGUCCUUCUGGCGGUCAGAACUCGGGGGGGAAGUUGGUAGCCCAUUUCCUCCCCGGCGGGAUCCGUUGUAUCGCCCCAAUCCCACCCAAAGAAUGGUGUAUGAGCUCAAGGUGCCGCCGGCACCCGCCUGCAUCACCAUGGCCGGCCUCCUGCGAGCAGCAUGGGCGCUAGUUGUCUCCUCGCAUACAGGCGAUGAUGACGUUGUCUUUGCGUCUGUUCUCACUGGGCGAACGACGCCCGUUAGGGGCAUAUCUGACAUGCUGGCGCCGGUGAUCGCGACGGUGCCAGUCCGGGUCCGCAUCGAUAGAACGCAGCCAGUGGCCGACUACAUGGCUUCGGUUCAGCAGCAGGCGGUGUCCAUGAUGCCCUUUGAGCACACUGGGCUGCAGAACAUUUACCGGCAUAUCGGCGCCAGGCCGGACAUUGCCCAUUUCUUCGGCGUGCAGCCCGCCGGGCUCCUGACGAGUCACACAACGGCGCCUCCGCUCGGUCUCGAGCUCCAUAUCGCACCAAGCUCGGGGACAGACGACUAUGCGCUCUCGGUAGAGUGCAUCACCGAGCUAAGCAAUGACGCCGCCGCGGUGCAGGUCAGCGUCCGAUUCGACGACACCAUGGUCUCGAGAGCACUGCUGGAGCGUCUUCUCGGUCGCUUCGCCCACAUUCUGGUCAGCCUCACCCAUGUCUUCGAAAAGGAUGGACUCCGCAUGGCCCUAGUCGAGGAAGUAGAUGCCCCAACCGUAGCUUCCAACACACAGGAACAGCAACUACAAGCCGUGCUAGUCGACGUCCUUGGGCUGCCGGUGGGCAAGGUCGUCAUGAACCGGUCGUUUCUCAGUCUAGGCGGCGACUCCAUCAGCGCAAUGCAGGUGGUAGCCCAAUGCCGCAGCCGGCAUGGCACCACCCUCACCGUUCGAGAUGUGCUGCAGAGCACGUCGAUUGCUCAAAUCGCCUCGCGGGCUGCCGCAGGUGCUGCCACCGGCCACGUGCAGGAUGCUGCUCCUCACAAGCCAUUGAAGGUCCUCCUUGAGCAGUUCACUACUUCUCCAGUAUUAUUCCCGGAGACAAGCGAUCUCUCCUCGGCCGGCCUGACGUAUGAUGGCUUGGCUCAGCUCUGGGCUUCCGUGUCGGAAGCAGGGAUCACAAGCCUGGACGAGGUACAUGAUGUGCACCCCUGCGCACCUACCCAACAAGGCAUCAUGAUGAGCCAAAUCAGGGAUCCCACGAUGUACAACAUUGAGCACAUUUGCGAACUCCAGGUGCCCGAGGCAAGCGGUCGGGUGGAUAUAAACAAACUCUCGCAGGCCUGGCAGGCUGUCGUCAACCGCCACGCGAUCCUACGAACGAUCUUUGUCCAGGCCACCACCGGCCAGGAACAUUUGUUCUACCAGGUGGUUCUGAAGAAAUGCACUCCACAAGUGCGCCUCAUCGAAGAAAAGGGGGCCGCCGGCACCAUCGCAGCCCUUUCUCGGGUUGAGCAGGCUGCAUACGUGAAGGGGAAACCAAGCCAUUGUCUGACUCUCUGCGCGACCGAGUCGGGUGCGGUGUUCGCGAAGUUGGAGAUCAGCCAUGCUCUCGUGGAUGGUGUCUCGCUCGAAUUAGUGCUCCGUGAUGUCGCCCGCGCGUACAAGGGCGCUCUUCCGGGCUCGGCUGGCCCUCAAUUCGGGAGCUAUGUUCAGUUUCUACGGGAGAAGCGAGAGUCAGAGUCGUUGGCUUACUGGACUCAUCGUCUUGCCGAUGCCCAGCCGUGCUAUCUCCCGUCGUCGAUCGCUCUACCGCCCGGGACAAGGUCGCUGAAGUCGGUGACAGUGCAAAUCGGGGAUGCCAUUAACAUCCUCCACGGCUUUCGCGACGCCCAACGUAUCCCUGGCUCUAACGAGAUUGUCGGCCCCAUGGUUAACAUCAUGGUCUCACGCAUUCACCUCGGUAACCUACCGGCGACGGUUGCUCACGCCGCACAGAAGGUGCAGAACGACUUUCUCGACGCAUUCGAGAACCAGAGAACCUCGCUGGGAAGCAUCCAACACGCGCUCCGUCUGCCGGGGCGGAGCCUCUUCAACACAGUCGUGUCGCUCUUUCGUCAAUCUUCAGAGCAUGCCCCAACGUCUUCCGCCGAUCUGGUCAUAAGGAACAUCACAUCGGAAGGACCCACUGAGUAUGACGCGAAUCUUAUGGUCUUGGCCGGCGACGAUACCAUGGCGCUCUCUCUCAAGUACUCUGGAUCCUUCAUGGAUGAGGAAUCCGCCAGGCUCGUGCUAGAGAAUACCCGGCACACCUUAAUUGCGAUCGCCAGCAGUUCUGAGAGCAAGCUAGACGAGCUAGAGACUCUGAGUCCUUCUGACGUUGAGAAGCUCCUCAAAUGGAAGCCUGAUCUCCCACUCGCCACUGGCCAAGAUUGCCUCCACCAGCGCAUUCACCAGCAGCGCCUCGCCCGGCCCGACGGCCAAGCAGUGUGCGCAUGGGACGGCGAGCUGACCUAUGCCGAGCUCGACGCCUUCUCCGAUCGGCUGGCGUGCCAUCUCGACGGGCUUGGAAUCCGCGAGGAGACUAUUGUCGGUCUUUGCUUCGAAAAGUCCAUGUGGACAAUCGUCGCGAUGCUGGCCGUCCUCAAGGCCGGCGGCGUAAUCGUGCCUCUGGGAACCGCGCUCCCCCCGCAACGUCUACGGUUCAUCCUCGAAAACACCAAGGCGGCCGUCGUGUUGACUUCAGCGCAAUGCGCUGCCAAAUUUGAGCAUAUGGAAAUGGCACAUAAACAUACUGUCGACGCCACUUUGUUCACAGUGCUGCCAGACGUCGUUGGGCCGCCAGCUCGGCCGUCUCUCACCCCGGACAAUACAGCCUUUGUCUUGUACACUUCAGGCUCCACUGGCCUCCCUAAAGGCGUAGUUCUCACACAUGCCUCCCUCAGCACCAGCCUAGACGCCCACGGGGCCAAGCUUGGGUUCAGUACCAGCACCAGGGCGCUCCAGUAUUCUGCAUACGUAUUUGACCUCAGCCUUUUGGAACUUUUGGGGACUCUCCGGUUCGGCGGGUGCAUCUGCACAGUCUCGGGGGAGGACAGGCUGAGUCCCAACCUCCUGGCCCAUUCCAUGACGACAAUGGGGGUGAACUUUGCUUCCACGACACCUACCGUCGCCAGCAUUCUCGAUCCGUCAACCGUCCCCACCCUGCGCACCCUGAUGCUAGGAGGAGAGCCGCUCGAGCCCACCACCGUGGAAAGGUGGUCGGGCCAUGAUGUCGUUCUCUAUAAUUGUUACGGACCGACCGAAUGCAGCAUCAUGUCCACCAUAAACGGCCCGGUCACAGACCCGAAUCUUUCCCGCAACGUGGGCUAUCCGGUCGUCGCGAAUGUGUGGGUGGCUGACCAAGACAACCACAACCACUUGGUACCCAUCGGUGCGGCCGGAGAACUGUUGAUCGAAGGCCCUGUUGUGGCCCGCGGAUACCUCCACGACCCAGAAAAGACUGCAGCGGGUUUCAUCACCGAUCCGGAGUUUGCUUCCAGAUACGAAUCCGCACCUCCGGAUGGACGCACCCAGCGGCGGAUGUACCGGACUGGCGACUUGGUCAGACAAAGCCCUACUGACGGCUCCCUUACCUACGUUGGGCGAAGAGAUGGACAGGUCAAGAUCCGCGGCCAGAGACUGGAGGUGGGCGAGAUCGAGCAUUGGGCGAAGGGAUCCUUUGCCCAGGCGCGGAUGGUGGCGGCUGAUCUCAUUGCGCCAGCCGCGCGUAAGGGGGCGCCCGUGUUGGCCCUCGCCUUGGAGCUGGACAUCCCAUGCCAGGGCACGCCCGACGGCACCUCGCCACUCCUACCACUGACACAUUCUCUACGCCGCUCGCUCUCGGCACUCCAAGACGCUCUUGAACAAGUGCUUCCUUCUUUCAUGGUUCCCGCAUUGUACGUUCCGGUGCAGUCGAUGCCGUUGACGGUUUCCGGGAAGCUCGACCGAGGCCGGCUGCGUGCCUACUCCUUGAUUGGCGCCUCCGGCCCUUCUGCGAGGGCCUUGACCACCUCGGAAUCCCGCCUGCGGGACCUUUGGGUCUCCGCUCUGAGUAGCGCCGGAGUGGUCGGGCCCGCCUCUCACUUCUUCCGUCUCGGAGGCGACUCGGUUACUGCCAUGCGGCUCAUUCGCCUCAGUGUAGCCGACGUGUUCGGGAAUCCCGUUCUGGAGAACAUGGCCAAGACUGUGGCCAGCGAGCCAGGCGACAGCACUGCUAUUGUGAAUGGGAAUGCGGCCGCGAUGGACGCAGCUCCCUUCUCGUUGAUGCCAACCUCAUCUGCGGCGCAGGACACGCAACUGACACGCCUUUCCGCGCAGUGCGGCGUCGCGGAAGAGCUACUCGCUCUCACGGCACGGAGACAGUCGGCGUACGUCGGGUGCUGGGUUUUCCGCAUGGGCGACGCCCUCGACGCAGACCGAUUCAGAAGCGCCUGGGAGAAGGUAUCCGAGGCGGCCGUGAUUCUACGGACGCGAAUCAUCGCGGGCAAUGACGCCCAAGUUGGCACCCAGCUAGUCCUUCGAGAGUCGCUCCCGUGGAGGAUGAACGAGCCGGAGCCUAUGGGCGUUGGCACAUCGCUCAUGCGGUUUACCGUUGUGUCGACUCCCAGCGCCUACGAUGAUGUUUACUCGGGCAGAGACGCGCCCACGUUCGCGCCUUUUACGCGUUACAUCAAGUACAUUCGGGGAGCAAACGGUGAUUCGGAAGCUCGGGAGUACUGGCGCUCCCAGCUAACGGGUGACGUCGGCUCUGCUUUCCCAGUCAUUCCCCCGAACCAUCAACCACGGCCAUCUUCGACCGUUAGCUUGCGCGUGACCCCGAGCGUGACCCCGAGCGUGACCCCGGCCGCCACCAGCAGCAAUUUCACAACCGCAACCCUCCUAAGAGCAGCUUGGGCGCUCGUGCUGUCGCAGGAAACGGGCAUGCCGGGAAUUCUCGACAUGGCAGCUCCAACACUAGCCGCGGUACCGGUCCACAUCAAUACCGACCGUAACCGCUCCGUUGCCGACUAUCUUAGCGCGAAUAUCAACCAGAUGCUGCCCGAAAAAACACUCGAUCUUAACCAUCUCUUCGACAGUGCGUCGCUGCUGCCACAGGGCUUGGAGUGGGUACCAUACGGCGUGGAGUGCAACACCGGAGCGGAAGCAGAAAAUAAGGGCGACGCGGUCCUUCCCUCUGACAAGGCCAGAGAGAUCAUGGAACGGUUCAAGCACAUCUUCAUCCAGCUUCGAGCCGCAGCCUCGUCCUCGGGCGUGGAUAGCAGCACCCCUUGGGUCCAACCAACGGACCCGAGCAGCGAUGCGUGCAUACAUGACCUUGUCCAUCAACAGCGCCUGCGCCAGCCCGACGCCCAAGCCCUGGACCAUCUUCUCGGGGUACAGGCGGGGGGCAUUAUCGUGCCGGUCGGCCAUAACUACCCAGUGCAGCGCGUCCAACACAUCAUACAAGCCACCGGAGCUAACGUCAUUCUCGCUUCUAAGAUGUACGAGGCGCACCGCGGAUUGGUUCCCCACGUUCUGCCAGCGCUGGCCUGCGGGACAGCAAAACCGACCGAUGCUGCAUUCACCCUCUUCACUUCUGGGAGCACCGGCACCCCCAAAGGAGUGGUGCUAGAACAUCGAUCGCUGGUGGCGAGCCUAAAGGCCCAGCGCGGCCUAUUCGCGGGACCCGCAGCGCGGACAUUCGUACCCCUGAUUAUGGGCGGCUGUGUUUGUGUGCCCUCUGAGGAUGACCGUGUCGGCGAUCUCGCGGGUGCCAUGGAGGCAAUGAAGGUUAACCUUGCGCAUCUGACGCCGACAAUGGGCGAAGCCCUCACGUCUGAGGCAGCAUCAAGGUGGCUGGUGGGCCACAUUCGCGCAGCGGGUGAGGCACCAAACAUUGGAACCGCCAUUGCCGGCAGUAACUUGUGGGUUGUCGAACCAUUUGACCACAAUUGCGAUGAGAAGAAGACGACUGCAGCCUUCGUGACGGACCCGACCUGGGUACAGUACUUUGACUUGGGCCCAAGGAAAGGACGACGCUUUUACCGGACAGGAGAUUUGUACCUCGGCCGCCGGGACACCCAACACUGGGUACAGAAAGUGCUCGGGGCCCGAGCGGGCGCCACUGUGGCAGCCGCGGGCGAACCCGCUCUAGCCGUCGCUCCGUUCACCUUGCUGCCGCUCUCUGAUGACCAGCGCCAGUUGUUCGGCCGAGUGCGGGCUUCUCUCUCGGAAGUCCUGCCUUCGUACAUGGUGCCUCACUCGGGAAAAGUCGACCGUCGGGCGGUGUGGACAACAAUCCAGCAGUCUCGACUGUCGUCGCAAUACUCGGUGAUCACCAAUCGCACUAGGCUACAGCAGCUCUGGGCGGCGGCGCUGAGAAUCCCACCACAGGAGAUAUGGGCUGGCGAUGACUUCUUCCUGUCUGGCGGCGACUCAAUGUCGGCAAUGCGCAUGGUGGCCAAGGCGCGCGAAGCGACGCGAAUGCCGCUCACAGUGGCCGAUAUCUUUCAGUAUCCCAUUCUGGCAGACCUGGCAAAGGUUUCGGUCUACCAGGCCUUCUCGGCGAUGGGGGUCGCAGAGCCGGGCCCAUACGGGUGCCAUGCCGUCGACGCCGCCCCGGUCACUGAUUCGCAAAGCCUAUUCGUCGUCUCGUCCUUGCGGAAGACGCGGUCGUGUGACGUCGAAAAGACAGCCUACAUCUUCGUCAACGAACAGAUGUUGCAGGUGACAAACGAUGCCGCCAUCGACGGCUUCACCAAGGAACUCCUCGACUAUGAUGCCCUCACCAUGUUUCAUCUUCUCGACGACUUGACCGAGCCCUCUUCCUUCAUACGCGACUACGUCUCCGCGCUCCAGGGCAGUCCGGAGACGCAACAAAAGAGCGCAGCGAUGCCGCGAAUCGCGCCGCCACACCAGCAUGACCGGGAUUCGCAGGCCGCGUGGGGCCUCACGCUCGCGCGCACAGGCCAGCCCGCGGCGGCCACCGCGGUCGGCUGUUGCGCCAACAUCGUGCCCGCGCGCAUCGUCAUCCGGGCCAACGCGUCGCACGUUGCGCGCCUCCCGCACGAGACGGUGGGCUUCCGCGAGCUCCUCGGAAACAGCGGCAAGGUGGAGGCCGAGGAUCCCCACUUCACCACGCGCAUCAACCAUCGCGACCGGCCGCCGCGGGGGACCCUGCAACGCAUUGGCGACACCACCUACCAGACGGCUUUCAGUCUGUCGGAGGACGCGGAGGACCUGCCGGACAUGUCGCUCACGUCGCACCCGUAUCCCGACCACAUCGAGGUGAUAUUUCACUAUCGCGAGGGAGCAAUCUCGGCCGAAGCGGCGGAGCAUUUCAUGUCUUGCCUGUGUGCAGUCUCGGAGCUGCUGGCGGCGACAUCCUCCCAGUCUAUGCGACUGGGUGAGAUAGAACUUGGCCCGCACGCUGUCGGCUGGCCGGUGGUCGGGAAUGGCAGCGUGGCGCUUGGGAUUGGGCAGUCGGAGGAGGGAGACUGCGGGGUGUCGGAUUGAUUCAGGUUCGGAACAGGGUCUGUGGAAUUUCGAGGCGUGCGAGUAUGCCGUGGAGCUUAAUUUCGGUCAGUGGUUGGAAACUGACGUGUCUGGGUCGCUCAUGGCGACAGUGGGCAAUUGGACUGGGGAAUGUGAAUUAUGUGAUACCAGUUUUGGUGGCUCGAUGGGGUGAUGUUGGUU